CAUAAGCUGGCGCCGGAAGUGGGGUGCGCACGCCGAGGUGCGGCGCUGUCGGUUUGGAAUCGCAGCGGGAGGAGGUUGCCGGUGCUGAGGGUUAACAAUGGACACCCAGAAGGACGUCCAACCCCCCAAGCAGCAGCCAAUGAUAUAUAUCUGUGGAGAAUGUCACGCAGAAAAUGAAAUAAAAUCCAGGGAUCCAAUCAGAUGCAGAGAAUGUGGAUACAGGAUAAUGUACAAGAAAAGGACUAAAAGAUUGGUGGUUUUUGACGCUCGAUGAAAUGGAAUUCAGAAGAAUAUCUGUUUGCAUUUGGAUUUGCUGUUGUUGUAUAGUUUUUGAUGAGUAUACUUAUCUUUAUGAAUACAACUACUAGUAUAUACAUGAUUUCAUUUUUAAAACCAUAUUGUAUUUAGGUAUCUAUUAUAAAGAUUUUUUUUGUUCAGUUCCAUGAUUUGUAAUUUAAUUUUGUGUGUGUGUAAUUUAAUUUUGUUGUAUAUUUCACCUGACAUGAAAAAGGUUAAAAGUGCUUCGCCAAACCACACUUUUAAUCAAAACCGAGAGUCAUUGGGGCCCUUGUUAAAAAUAAAGUUUUCUAGGGCUCUCUAGGUGUGAUUCAGUUCGUUCCUUGGAAACCACUGUUUUAUAUUAUCAAUUGUUAGUAAAAUCUCCAGCAUCGUUUUGUGUGGAGUAUAACAGUACACUUACUCUCAGUGUGCAUACAUCAUGCGGAGUUACAUUUUUCAUUUGUUACUUGAAGGAGGCCUUUCUGUAUUUGUAUGUAAUGCUUGACUGGUUUUUAAAUCUUGGACAAGGGAGAAGAAACCAAUGGUUGC